GCUUCUUGUUCUGGACGAGAUGGACCAGCUGGACAGCAAAGCUCAGGACGUCCUCUACACCGUCUUCGAGUGGCCGUACCUGCCGAAGUCUCGCCUCUGUCUCGUCGGUAUCGCAAACGCUCUGGAUCUGACCGACCGCAUCCUGCCCCGACUGCAGGCUCGCCCUCGCUGUCGGCCCCAGCUGCUACACUUCCCUCCCUACAGCCGGCAGGAGCUCGCCGCCAUCGUGCAGGACCGACUCUCGCAGGCGUCGGCUGAAGGGAUCCUGGACGCCUCGGCGGUUCAGUUCUGCGCCAGAAAAGUGUCGGCGGUGUCGGGAGACGCCCGCAAAGCUCUGGACAUCUGCAGGCGAGCUGUCGAGGUCGUGGAGUCUGACGAGAGGAAGAAAGCGUCGGAUCCUAAAGCUGACGGUGAAGCGUCGCGGGUCAGCCUCCCUCAGGUCGCGCGGGUGCUGUCGGAGGUUUACGGGGACCGGAUGGCGUCUCAGUGCGGCGGCGGCGGCUCUGACGGAGAGAGUUUCCCGCUGCAGCAGAAGCUGCUGGUCUGCUGCCUGCUGCUGCUCACGCGCAGCGGAAAGAGCCGAGAGGUCGUCCUCGGGAAG